AUGCGCUCGACAGAUGAUGCCGCUGCCCGUUUCUUUUUUCUCUCGUGUGCGGUGGAGCGCACUUUCUUUUUCCAUCAGGUUGGACAAAGAAAUUGAAAGUCGUUAGAAAGUUAAUUUUUAUAAGAUGGGAUUGAAAAUUUUAUAGAAUUUGGCUAUAGCAAACUGAUCGGAAAAUCCUUGGGAGCCUUAAAAAUUCAGCAAAUUAUUUAAAAAAUUUGUUCGAAUUCCGUGUAAAAUCUUCACUCGAAGUGGUAGCUCUCAUUCUGAGGCUUCCAUCUAGAGCACGGUCUCCGGGCUCCAGCACAACAUCCGCUACAUUCUGAGCUCGUCAAGGCGCAACUGGAUACACUACGCGCAGAAGGACGAGACGAAGGAUCGUAAGACCAUGCUUUCAACUCUUUCGACUACACGUUUGGACUUCUAG